ACGAAACCAGUGUGAAUACGCGUGAUUCUCAACGUGCAAAAUAAUUUCUUUCUUUAAAAAGACUUCUCGUAAAACAUUUUCCACUUUCAAAAUGUUGAUACCUACUUAAUUAAUAAUCUAUGGGUUCUGCAAGACUUGUAUAAACAUUGAGCAAACCACAUGGAACGAAAUCAUAAUGGCAAAGUGGAAAGGCUACAAACGAUCUCGACGCAAACAACUACAUCAAUCUCAAGAAACAUUAUUACAAAAAUCAGAUACUUCUGACGAGAUUGAUAACGUAAGGAACGAAUAUACUCCAUUCAAGAAGGAAACGCUGUCUUCUGAACGGCUGUUGCAACAACGAUCUCCAGAAUCUAUACUCUUCGAAUCAGAUCAACUGGAUUUAUCAUACUGCGACGAUUUAAGUCCAGAAAUUGUGCCCCGACAUCGUCGAAUGAGAUUGCAUUUAAAUGGCUCAGAUAAAAGUGAGAAAGAAAAGGAAAGAAGUAGCGAAAACAGUCCAGAUCUGAUCGAAAUCAAACAGGUAAACGACGAGGCUAGAGAAAAAUGUUUUUCAUUGGACAAGACUUUGUCGAUGAACGACGAAAUAAAAUUAGAAAUGAACGAACAGGAAGAGAAAUCAUUUUCAAGGACUAGACUCGAUAUUUAUACUUGCGACACUGAACUUCAUCCUUCUAAAUCAGUUUAUAAUUUCCCCUCUGGUUACUCCUCGGAUCCAACGCAAUUUACUAAUUUUAAUUCGGAAUCAGAGUCUCAGAGUCAAGGAUUCCAUAAUUUUCUCGAUGAAUUUCAAUCGACUGCCUCGGUUGGCGAGUCUACAAGUCGAAACGAAGGAAAGUGGAGUGGGCAAGAUCAGGAUACGAGGUUUGAAAUAAUUAACGAAAAGAAUUUGCAGUCUUCAGGAGGAAGUCGAUUGGCUAACAAUUGGAACGAAUGUAGAAGAAUUUUCUCAAAUUUACGAAAAUUAAACGGCUUUAAGUGGGCUAGAAAUCACGAGUACAAUGGCCAUAAUGGACCAAAGUACAAGAAAUUCGAUCAGACACGACGAUCCAACACGAUUUCUUAUUACGCACCUUCGGAAGAAAAUUUCAACGAACGUACCAAUAAACGUCCUUUCGUUGAGAGUGACAAGGACGAUAACAAAGAAGAACAAGAUUACAGAGAAAUAAAAUGUAACAGAGCUCAUUCUAUCACUCCUUGCAGUGGUUCACCACCUCCGGCUAAAAGAUGUCGGACCACGUUGAAAUUUGACGAUGUGGAGGAAGUGGAAAGGCCACAGGUACCUGUUGCUUCUGUUAAGAUCACCGAUUUAUUGCCAAUUGAGAAAAAGAACCUGCAGAAUUGCUUUUGUCCGAAUACAACGAUCACGAAGACUCCAUGGAGUAGUAGUACUUCCGAAUCCCGAACCACUUCGAGUUUAGAUCUUCCAGUUAUGACUGAUUCUGGUGGCUGCAGCGGAUGUCUUCAACAACCUCUCGCAGCAGUUGAAUUUGGUAACAAAUGCACAUGUGGCAACUUCCAGCGGAAGAGGAAAUUUCAAAAAUUACUAUUCGUCAAGAAGCCCAUCGCUAAAGUCAUUUUCUUCUGUUUCUGGGUGAUAAAGAGAAUGUCCAUCACGCUGAAAGAGAAUUAUCGGAGCUUUAAACGUACUAUUUCUACCACCUCAUCAACGAGGCGUCAAAUAGAAGAGCUCAAUCGGAUCAUAAUCACGUUACGUUCAGAGAAUGAGCAGAUGAUGAACAUACUCGUGGAGAAAGUCACCCAUUUAUCGGAACAGAUUACACAGGUGCGUAUAAGUAACGCAACUGCGCUCGAUGCUUUAACCACGGAGAUCAGUGGCAUGCAGAAGGUGAGCGAGAAGUUGGCCGGAAGUAACGAGAUGCUGAUGCAGGAGUUGAAGAAGUUGCAGCAAAUUCUAGACGGUUGGCAGUCAAAGUCCCCGAUGAAAUCAUUGCCUCCACCGCCCCCGAUGCCGUCAAUUUUAGUAUCAUCAGUCACGUCAUCUGGUGAUCUUCCUCCACCUCCACCACCACCACCACCACCUCCUCCUCCACCUCCACCUCCGCCUCCGCCUCCACCACCUCCACCAUUUCCAUCGUUGCAGUCACCGGUGCAGCCGAUGACACCCACUACCCCAAACAGCAGCAGAAGCGUUAGAACACCCUCGAGAAAGUGCUCGACGCCGCUGUUUAAUAGGCCGGCUAUAACCGUCGAGGAUUUGCUGAAGGUGACCCUAAAAAAAGCACCGCAGAACGUUAAGGAGACUAGAAGGAACACCAUACCAGGACCAAAGGGACCAGUGGUUUCCUUAGAUAUGCUGCGUAGCGUAAAAUUAAAGUCUGCCAGGCGCAGAACGAGCGAAAUCGCGAGAUCUCCGAGGAGCGGUCGAAUGAUCAAAUCGCGGACUGCACCGAGCCUCAGUUUAUCUCCGAUUAUGACCGGCACGGACAACACGCUGGGACGAAUUUUAAAACAGGUGGACAUGAGCAGACGCAGACCAAGGCGUCUGUUAUCGAAUACGUCGAAUUUUCGUGAGAACGUUAUCGGGAAAGAUAAUCAGUCGCAGAGUAUGGGCACGAAAGGCAAUACUAGUACGCAAUCCGCGAUUGCGUAAACGCAUUACUAGGCACAGACAGUCGUGGAUUGAAGUAAUUUUAUGUGAUCGAUAUUGGAACAUACAUACAUAUAAUUGUAGAAGAUUAAGUUAUUGCAUAAUUAACGAGAAAAAGAAAAAAAAAGAAGAAACAAUAG